AUGCAGCUGCCAUUAACUGAAGCAUUUCUGUCCCCCUGCGCAGAGCUGAGAUCUACUGGGACCGCUCAUCACUUUGCCUACCUGAUCAACACAUCAGACUACCGGAUCCUCCGUAUGGAUGAGGACCAUGAUCGGAUGUAUGUUGGCAGCAAGGACCACAUCCUGUCUCUGGACCUCCACGACAUCAACAAGAGCCCACAUAUUAUCCACUGGCCAGUGUCCGAACGAAGAAGGAUGGAAUGCCUUGUGAGUGGGAAGGAUGCCAAUGAGGAAUGUGCAAACUUCAUCCGCCUUGUCGAGCCGUGGAACCGGACUCAGCUGUACGUCUGCGGAACAGGAGCCUACAACCCGGUCUGCACCUUCGUCAACCGUGGACGCAAACCUCAGACGUCCAUGUAUCUGCAGAUGGCCCAGGCCAGGGGAAGGGCUAGCCGCGCCGCUGAAGCCAGUGCGGUGCACGACACACUCGGACUGAAGGAGGAAAUCUUCCACUUGGAGCCGGGCAAGGUGGAAUCUGGGAAGGGAAAAUGCUCUUACGACCCGAAGCUCAACAGCGUGUCAGCUUUGAUUAAUGGAGAGCUAUAUGCUGGGGUCUAUGUUGACUUCAUGGGAACAGACUCAGCCAUUUUCCGCACUUUAGGGACAAAGACUGCCAUGAGAACGGAUCAGUACAACUCCAGAUGGCUGAACGACCCCACUUUCAUCCAUGUGCACCUCAUCCCUGACAGUGCAGAGAGAAAUGAUGACAAGCUGUAUUUCUUUUUCCGGGAGAAGUCCUCAGAGAUGGGCCAGAGUCCUGUGACUCAGUCCCGCAUAGGACGCAUCUGCCUGGGAGGACCGAGGAUGCAGUUAAUGGACAAACUGUGUUUGGUUUCUAAAAAAAAAAAACAGAAUGAUGAUGGAGGUCACUGCUGUCUGGUCAACAAGUGGAGCACCUUCCUGAAGGCCAGACUCAUCUGCUCGGUGCCCGGGGCUGACGGCAUGGAGACGCACUUUGACGAGCUCAAGGACGUUUUCAUACAGCCAACUCAGGAUAUAAAAAAUCCCGUGAUUUAUGGAGUCUUCUCUGUGUCCGGUUCAGUGUUCAAAGGCUCAGCCGUUUGCGUGUACUCCAUGGCCGACAUCCGCAUGGUCUUCAACGGACCUUUCGCCCACAAGGAGGGCCCCAAUUACCAGUGGGUGGCCUACACUGGGAAGAUCCCGUACCCUCGCCCUGGCACGUGCCCCGGAGGAACGUUCACCCCCAACAUGAAGUCCACCAAAGACUACCCGGACGAGGUGAUUAACUUCAUGAGGAAUCACCCUGCCAUGAACAACGCCGUGUACCCGGUGCACAAGCGCCCCCUGGUGGUUCGCACCAACGUGGACUACGAGUUCACCACCAUCACAGUGGACCAGGUGACGGCGGCGGACGGCAACUACGAAGUGCUCUUCUUAGGAACGGACAAGGGAACCGUUCAGAAAGUGAUUGUGCUGCCCAGAGAUGACCUGCAGACCGAAGAGCUGGUCCUGGAGGAGGUGGAGGUUUUUAAGGUCCCCACUCCUAUAACAACGAUGAAGAUCUCAUCCAAAAGGCAACAGCUGUACGUGUCGUCGGCCGUGGGCCUGACCCAGCUGGCUCUGCAUCGCUGCGACAUGUACGGCGAGGCCUGCGCCGACUGCUGCCUGGCCAGAGAUCCCUACUGCGCCUGGGACGGAAAGUCCUGCUCCCGGUACUCCUCUUCGCAGAAGAGACGAAGCCGGAGGCAGGACGUCAAGUACGGGAACCCCAUCCGACAGUGCCGAGGCUUCAACUCCAACGCUAAUAAGAACACUCUAGAGAUGGUGCAGUACGGGGUGGAGGGAAGCAGCACCUUCCUGGAGUGUCAGGCCCGCUCUCCACACGCUCUCAUCAAAUGGCAUCUGCAGAGGGACAACAGUGACCGCCGGAGAGAGAUGCGCUGCGAUGGGCGGAUCCUGAAAACCGAGCAGGGUCUUCUGCUGCGGUCACUCCAGCCCUCCGACUCCGGCCUGUACCAGUGCACGGCCACCGAGAAGAACUUCAAACACACGCUGGUCAAGCUGCAGCUGGUGGUGCUGUCCAGCCGGGCGGUCAACAACGCACUGGUGGACGGCGGCGGCGGUGGGGCAGCGUCCUCCUCUUCAUCCCUCCAGUCCAGCAGCACCCAGUGGACCCCCAGCGCUGGCCAGUACAAGGACCUGCUGACCAUCCUGAGCCAGCCGGAGAUGAGCCUGAUCAACCAGUACUGCCAGGACUACUGGCAGUUCGGAGACCCCCUGCUGGGCGCCCUCAAGGGAAAAGACCUGAAGGAGCUCAAGGAGCAGAAGAAGCCCCGAAACCGCCGGCACCACGAGGAAAAGGAAGAGGAAGAGGAAGAGGAAGAGGAGCAGCAGGGGGCGGAGACAUGAGGGGCCUGAAAACCCCUUUCAACGCAACCUUUUCCCCCCCCAAAACCCUGUCAAAACUGGGAGAGACUCAGAGAGAAUAGGAACAUGAGAAGAGAAAGAAAAAAGAAAAGAAAAAAAAUCCACAAAAACCAGGGUAAAAAAACGCAAACUGAGAAAAAUAACGCAAAGUCACACAAUACAUCCCCUCAAAAAAUAUAUGAUACACAGUAUUUAUUGUAGGUUGUAUAUAGUAUCAUUCUGUGGAUUCCUUUGUACUUAUAGAGAAAAGAAAAAAACAUGCUCUUUGUGUAUAGGUACCUUUUGGGGCAAAAAUAUUGUUAUUGUUGUUAAUUUUAUUGUUGCCGUUGCUGUCAGUACGAGUCAUUUGUCGGCGUUCUGUAAAAGUGACCGUCGGGAGUGUGUUGAGAGGUGAGGGGUUUUCUGUCUUUUUUUUUUUUCCUCCUUUGGCUUACUGCGACUGAAGAACGGGACUCAUUUCUGGACUCUCUAGGAGCACGUGUGAUGCAACUUCCUGGUGGACAGAGACUUUGUAUUGCGAGAGGACCAUAGACACAUGGUCCCUUUUUUUUUGUGAGAACUCUCCUUUUUUUUUGUUCGUUUUGUUUCUUUUUUCCUCUUUUCCGAUUUCAGCAUAUUAAUUGGAGGAUUUCUUAUUAAAUAUUCGUCAUUGUUGCUCGAUCAGUGAGAUUUCCAUUUGAUAACGACAGGAUUCCCACGUUUCUGAUUUGUCAAAAGUUUGGAAUCACCCAACCAUCUGAUCAGUUUUUAUAUCAUACACAUAAAUAGACUAUAUGAAUAGAUAGUUUUUUUUUCCUAAAAAUCCUUUGGACUGAAACUGAUGUGCAGCAAAGGUCAAAUAUUUGCACACAAGGGGCAUUUUUCUUUUCCAUCUUUUUUCUUUUCAGGAGAUAUUGGCAAGGGCCAAAAUCAAUAAGCACACUUGGGUGAGGUUUGGUGGAUUUCUGCAGAUCUCAACAUAUGUGUAUGUGAGUUUUUUUUUUUUUUUUUUGUAUGUAUAUGUGUUUGUUUUGUUUUUCCUGAUGGAUUUCGUGUGGAAAAAAGGCUCAUAUACACAACAGAGCAUUGUAACAAUAUUGUGACAUUAACCAAAAUAUUGAAUAUCGGGAAGCUGGCUUUCAUUGUGUGCAUGAAAUCUGUAUUUGUACUGUAAUUCUAAUAAGAUAGUGUGUGGUAGCUUUGUUUUUUUGUUUCUUUUCCUCCUGUUUUUUUUCUUUUCAUUUUUUUAUCUCUGUGGUUGUAUAGUAUGAUCUGACGUACUUUUUUUUUUU